GUCAAUUUGUCAAAAUAAAUGUCAAUUUUGCAGUUUACAUCGCGAUAAUUUUCUAACCAAAUAAAAAAUAAAAUAAGAAUUAAUUCUAUUGUCUGCAUGUGAUUACAUAAUGUUUCAAACAGCAUUAAAACGUUUGCUAGUCCUGCAAAAAAUUAAGCCGUAUCAGGCGCCGGUUUCGUCACAAAUUAGGAAAAUUCACGUGACACCGAAUUUAAGGCAUGGGGAGUAUGAAUGGCAAGAUCCCAAGUCUGAAGACGAGGUCGUAAACAUAACUUAUGUAGACAAGGAUGGCAAUAGGAUUAAAGUGAGAGGGAAAGUUGGUGAUAAUGUAAUGUAUUUAGCACAUAGACAUGACAUUCCCAUGGAAGGAGCCUGUGAAGCAUCUCUAGCCUGUACGACAUGUCAUGUGUAUGUUCCACCAGAUUACUUUGAUAAACUCCCCUCGUCAGAAGAGAAAGAAGAUGAUUUACUAGAUAUGGCUCCGUUUUUAAAAGAAAAUUCUAGGCUAGGUUGUCAAAUAACUCUAACCAAAGAUCUAGAAGGUAUGGAGGUACAAUUACCGAAAGCAACAAGAAACUUCUAUGUGGACGGACACAAACCUAAACCGCACUGAAAUAAAAGAAUAAAUCUGUUGUAUUAUAAACAAAAGGUUAGAUAACACUUUUAAAGACAUUCUUUAUUUAAUGGCCACAUACAACUCGUAUGAAUCAAUUGUGCACUUCACUGGAAUGCAACCCAGGGGGUGGGCCCCCGCUACCAACCGUUUUUGCCGGUCAAUGGACCUUAGCGUCCCAAUGAAGUCACACUACAUGGUGCACAGUUAAUUCGUACGGGUUGUAGUGAUUGAUCAUAUUACAGAAUUUAAUUUUGUAAUGUAUAAGAGGAACUAUACAUACAUUUUGGCUGUUUUAAUAUUAUCUGUAAAUGCAAUAUUUAGUAAGGAUAUAAUAGUUUUGUAAAAUUGGCUGCUAUACCUAUAUUUUUAAAUAAAUAUUUGGUUUAAUUGCAGCUCAUAAAAAUUUUAAAUGGAGAAAAUUUAACAAAAUUAAUUAUGAUUUUAAUUGAUAACUAGGUCUGAAUUAGGUUUAGAAAACAAAUUAUCAUAUUCCUAAUAAAAAAUGUAACUGCAGAUUUGUAACAAUUGGCGUUCCAUUGUCUUAGCCUACCUCCAUGGGAGACAGGCGUGAUGUUAUGUAUGUAUAACUGCAGAAUACCUAUUACUCUAUUUCAUUGAAUAGUUUGAAUUGAAAAGAUAAAAGAAUAAUUAAUAACCAUACUUUCUCAAGGCGGGUUGGCGAUUUAAAACUUACAAUUAGAAAUUAUAAGUACACAUUUACGAUGUUUUUCUUAGGAAACUAGGAAAAGAUUAAGAUUCCUGUUGUUUUUUUUAAUAAAAUAUGUAUCCUUUUCUCGAAUUGUACAGGUUUCGUUAUAGUAAAUACAUAUAACUGAAAAUGCAAAUAAAUAUCUUAAAAGUACAUUAGAAUAGAUUAGAACUUAGAUCCUGCUUAAAGCAUAAUGUAAAUAUUGUUUUUUUUAGUAUUUUAUUAAGUAUCAAUUUUGUUUUAAACUUGUAAUGAAUUGUUGUAUAAAAGUUGUAAAAAAAUAAAAGAUUUUUAUCAAUA